AUGCCUCCUACAGUGAAUCGUCCAUUAAGAAGGAAAGUAUCAAGGUUUUCGAAACCGGAAAAGAGAGGUCGUAAAAAAGAUGCUCUUGAGAAAUUCAUAGAGAGCGAUCAGACUGUGAUAGUGUCGAGUCUUAAUCAAUUACGAUACAACAUUUUAUGUGAGGGAAUCAAACACGGCGAGGAUGGACUAUGCCCAUAUCGGAUCUAUGUGUGGUCCAUCUUGCUCCGGACAGAACCCGUUGAAACUGACUACUACAUGCACCUCUUACAGAGCGGUAAAUCCAAUUCGUUUGAUAAAAUAUUCAACGACUCGUUUAGAACGUUCAAAAAAGACCAGAAGUUUUCCAAAAAAGUGUCAAAUGCCACGUUAAUUCGAGUGCUCAAUUCCUAUGCUUUGGAAAUUGAGGAAUCUCCGGACACAGGAAUAUCGCCCUACGUCCAGGGCAUGAACAUUUUGGUAGCACCAUUCACUUAUGUGAGCAAAAGCGAGCCGGAAGCAUUUGCACUCUUUUCCAGACUUCUCAUUAAAUACAUCCCCACCUAUGUGACACCCAACUUAUCGGGAGUACUGAACGGAGUGAAACUAGUGGAUAUUAUUUUGGAAUUGGUAGAUCCGAAACUAUACAACUACUUGAAAUCCAAACUGCUCACUGCUAAGAUUUACGCCCUACCUUCAGUACUAACGCUAAGCGCAUGCACUCCACCUCUCGCCCAAGUGCUUGAUCUCUGGGAUUUCUUGUUUAGCUACGGGGUUCAUUUGAAUAUCUUCUUUAUUAUAGCACAAUUGAUCCUCAUACGAAAAGAUCUCCUGAACUCGCAGAAUCCCAUGAUGCUCCUAAGGCAAUUUCCCGAUUUGGAUGCAAAGAAAGUCAUUAAGCUAUCACUUAGCUUCAUCAAAAUCAUCCCCGAGGACUUGUACGAUCUAGUGGUGAGGCACACCACCGACGAAACGGUAACUGAACAGAUCAACAGGUAUGUAACAUAA